UUUUUUUUUUUACAUACAUCUUUUUUUUUAACAAAAAAUGGCCGCUGAUCUCCCCACUAAGGAUAAUAAGAAGACCGUCUCCAAGGACGCUAAGAAGAGAAAGAUCUCUCGUCGUGAAACCUACUCCUCUUACAUCUACAAAGUUUUGAAGCAAGUUCACCCUGACACUGGUAUCUCCAACAAGGCCAUGUCUAUCUUGAACUCCUUUGUCAAUGAUAUCUUUGAACGUAUUGCUACUGAAGCCUCCAAGUUGGCUGCUUACAACAAGCGUUCUACCAUCUCUUCUCGUGAAAUCCAAACUGCUGUUCGUCUUAUUCUUCCUGGUGAACUUGCUAAGCACGCCGUCUCUGAAGGUACCAAGGCUGUCACCAAGUACACUUCUUCUAAAUAAAUAAUCUCAUUUUGUGUAAUAUCCAAUUUCAAUAACAUUCUGAAAAAAAAAAGUUCUUUUUUCUCGUUUUUUUCAACUAUUACCCUUAACUCUAUUUGUACAGAAUUCUUCUUUUUUUUUAUUAUUCAUGUCAUAAUAAAUUUAUAAUAUAUAUAAAAAAAAAAGGAAAACAAAAGGAAGAAA